AUGCCUCGUCAUGUAAUUAGUGACGCGCAUGAAUGGAUUAACGAGAUUCCCACUGUCCCUAUCUACUAUCUAGCGAAGCCACAGCCGGAGGAACGGGUCCGGGGCUGUCAGCGGGGAAAGAAGACCCUGUUGAGCUUGAUUCGCGAUUGGCUUGGUUGGGCGAGAGCGCAGGUGUAG